AUGAUUCCAACUCUGCUGUUCUCAGGUUUCUUUUUCGCCAAUGCCUUUGCCAUUCCCCUUGCAGGCCACGAGCAGCAGCAGCAGCAGCAGCAGCCAUUGGGUAAUGGGGUCUCUUCCUCCACGGCGCAUAGCGCUGGAGGGGCGCAGAGGCUGACUGGGCGAUUCCUGCAUAUCACUGAUCCUCAUCCUGAUUCGCACUAUAAACAAGGAGCGUCGGCCGACAAUAAUUGCCAUCGAGGCCAUGGAUCUGCUGGAUACUUUGGAGCGGACGGAACCGAUUGCGAUGCCCCGAUCACCCUGAUGAAUGCGACUUUCCGAUGGAUCGAGCGAAAUUUAAAGGGGAAUAUCGACUUCGUGCUCUGGACCGGCGACUCCGCCCGCCACGACAGGGAUGAAAAGAUGCCGCGGAAAAUGGAAGAAAUCAUCCACCUGAAUGAAAUCUUGUCCCAGCAAUUCAUCGAUGUUUUCCAGGACUCCAUCCCCGUCGUUCCGACAUUUGGCAACAACGAUAUCAUGCCGCAUAACACCAUGAAAGAGGGACCGAACCGCUGGACGAAGACUUUUGUGGAUGUUUGGGGCAAAUUUAUCCCGGAGGCUGAGCGCCAUAGUUUUGUGGAGGGUGGCUGGUUCACGAGCGAAGUGAUUCCUGGCAAAUUAUCAGCCAUCAGUCUCAACACCAUGUACUUCUACAGCUCCAACUCCGCCGUGGAUGGAUGCGACGACAAGGAUGAGCCGGGAUACGAGCAUAUGGAGUGGCUCAGAGUUCAACUGAAACUGCUUCGCCAGCGCAAUAUGAAGGCCAUCCUGAUUGGACAUGUACCUCCGGCCCGGGCAGGCCCGAAACAAGGAUGGGAUGAAACGUGCUGGCAGAAAUACACCCUGUGGUUGCAUCAAUAUCGAGAUGUCAUCGUUGGGAGCGUCUAUGGACAUAUGAAUAUCGACCACUUUAUGUUCCAGGACAGCCACGAUAUCGACAUCGUCGAUUUGGAAGGUGACAACACGGGAUCUAAUGAUUUCUCUGUCCAAUCCAUGGAAGACUAUCUCGAGGCCCUUCGGGGCCAAUGGUCCGAUAUGCCAUCCCCGCCAUCUGGUCUUUCAAUUGAGGAAUGCUUGGAUGAAGACUUUGCGGAGACUGAUGGCAAUGCGCCUUGGACGGACAUAUCCAAGAAGAGAAAGAAGAAGAAGUUCCUGAGAAAGAUCGGUGGCCCUCUGGCCGAAAGAUAUAGUGUCUCUUUGGUGUCGCCCAGUUUGGUGCCAGAAUACUUUCCUACGCUCCGGGUGAUUGAGUACAACAUUACUGGCUUGGAAGAUAUGCCAACUUGGUCUGAUAUUCAAGAAAACACACAGAUCUCAUAUCCCAACGACGAUGACACACCGUCCGUUUUGGAAUCCGAAGACUCUCCGAUGAUGAACAAUGACAAGAAAAACAAGAAGAAGCCAAAAUUCAAAGUACCAGAACCCCCACCGUCUUCUGCUCUUCCGGGCCCUGGCUACUCGAACCAGCAGUUGUCCUGGCUCGGAUAUACGCAGUACUACGCCAACCUAACGAGGAUCAACGAGGAAGUGGCUUUGCACGAAUCGACGCACCAAGACGGAACCGGGAAUAACGUCAAUGCUACCAGCGUUGAUGAUGUAUUUGGCUUUGAGGUCGAGUACGAUACUCGUAACGACCAUAUCUACAAAAUGAAGGAUCUUACAGUCCGCAGCUACUUCGAUCUAGCCAGUCGGAUUGCGAACAACAUUCCGAAUACCCUGGAAUCACCUGAUGACACGAACGACGACGGUUAUGAUAGCCAGAAGAAGAAGAAAAAGAAGAAGGGGAAAAAGAAGAAGGGGAAAAAGAAGAAGAAUAAGAACAGGACAUGGAAGACCUUUUUUGAUCGGGCGUUCGUCGGGUACCUGGACAUCAAUGAUCUUGAAGAGACAGAAUCAUGA